UUAGGGGGCAUCGCCCACGGGCCGCGGGGUCCCACCAGCUACUACUACAUGUUGCCCAUGAAGGUGCGGGUCUUGGGGUUGAAGGUGGCCUUGACGGUGAAGCUGAUGCAGGAUGACCUCCACAUCGUCGACAACUUGGACCUCCCCACCGCCGAUCCCCAGUAUCUACUGGACCUGGCCCGAUACCGGCGUUGGGGUCGCUCCGUCCUCAUCGUCGAUGUCAACGAGACGCCGGAGAACAUGGAAAAGGCCGUCACCGCUUUGAAAACCAUCAACCUCAUCCCGGCGUUGGGUCUCAAUGUCCACAGCAUGUUGAAGCACGAGACGUUGGUGCUGACGUUGGACACCAUCACCUUCUUGGAGAAGAAGCUCCUCUGGCACGACACCCGUUACUCCCCCCUUUACCCCUUCUCCAUGCCCUACAGUGACUUCCCCUAAACCCCC